GAAAGGAAAGGAGAAUCUCGGCGCGGCCCCCGCCCUCUUAAAUACUACGCCGCCGCGGCCGCAAAAGCUCCGAGCACAUAGCACGCGCGCACUCGUCUCGCCGCGUCCACACCCAUCGGCUCCAACACCGACGAGUAGCUCGGUCGCCGGGGCCGCCGCCGCGCGCGCGCGCCACCGUGUCGCGACUUCCUCCGUGACCGGGCCGAUCGAUCGCGAGGCGCGGCGCGGCGAGGCCGGCAUGGCGGCACCGGGAGAUGGGGAAGAGAAGAAGGCCGGGAGCGGGAGGAACAAGCACGGGUUCCCGCGCGGCUUCCGCUUCGUGCCCCGGGACCAGGAGCUCCUCGACAUCCUCGACGACAAGCUCCGCGGCGCCCCGCUCGACCGCGCGCUCGACGCCGUCUUCCACGACACGCGGAUCCUCGACUUCCACCCCGCCAAGCUCUACGGGAUGUACGCGGAGGACGAGGAGAACGGCUACAUCUACUUCUUCAGCACGAUAGAGUUCAAGGCAGCCAAGCCCAAGCAGAAGAAGUGGCCGCGGCGCGCGGCGCAGGGCGGACGGUGGAAGGCCGUCCUCGGCUCCAGCCAGAUGGUGGAGGUUGGCGGCGUCCCCGUCGGCCGGAAGCUCUCCAUGGAGUUCUACGUCAAGGGGGUCAGGACCAACUGGGGCAUGCACGAGUUCGUCAGGAUCAUCGGCCCCAACAUCGAGGUUGCGGAUCUUGCCGUGUACCGCCUACACAAGCUAUGGACGAACGGCGAGGAGAAGCCGGGAGACCUCGCCGCGGACGUUGCCAAGAGCACGAACCAGAGUGGACAAGCGUCGGCGGCGGACUACUACCAGACUUACCAGAACGCGGUCUCUCAGGCGUAUGCGUAUGCGCCGCCGUACGUCCUCCAGCCAGGAUGGAGCCAAGGGUACCCCUACGAUGUCGCGGCGGCGCCACCGACCGCGCCCUGGCCUGUCUGUUGGGCGCCGCCGUCCGCGCCGGGAUCCUAUGACUGCUGCUACGCGUCCACGUUUUCAAGGCCGCCGCCGCCACCACCAAUUGCUGCGAGCACGCUGGACAAGGCGCCGAUAACCAGUACCGACCACGGCGCAUCAACGAACACUUCGGCGGCGACACCCGUGGCGAACAACAAGCCGCCGCCGCCACCAGUUGCUGCGACAGCGACCACGCUGGGCAAGAAGGGGGAGGGCAAGGGCAAGGCGCCGACGACCACCAGUACCGAUCACGCCGGAUCAACGAACACCUCGGCGCCACCCGCCGCGAACUACCAGCCGCCGCCGACGACGACUACGCCGCCGCUGCAGGGCACGCAGCACGUCUUCGCACCCGGCGUCGUCGUCGGGCAUGAGGACGAGGAGGGCUACCUCAUCGUCGACGAGGUCAACACGUGGCGCAACACGCAGCAGCUCGUGCUCGAGGAUGACGACGACGACGACGACGGCCGUGCCGCCGGCGCCGGUGCAGGUGAGGGUGGCGCUUCAGCCUCAGGGCGGUGACAGUCUGACAUCAGCAGAUUAAGAGAGACCCUGAGGCGUAUCAGUUAAUCAUGCGUGUAGUUACUAGUUAGGCUCCGAUUUGAGCAUUGGAAUUUCCAGAUUUCCCGACUGCUUAGCUUGGUUUUGAUCUGCCCGACAAAUUUCCGCCAAAUUCGUAGUGUUCAACUGAUCAACUUCAUGCUCUUUCUGUCCGUUGGUUAUUACUUUACUUGUUCUACGUGAGAUUGCAAUUCUGAUCUGCAACUGCUUGUAAUCUGGAUGAUCAAUAGCUGCUUCCCUGCUUUAUGAUUGUGGUUUUGCUGGUUUUGAAA